UGCGCGGACGGACUCGCUCCUCAGCUGGGAGACACUGAAGAUGACAGACUGUUGUUUGUGGAGUACAGACAGUUCAAAACACGUGUAGACGGGCCUAACAGUCUUGUAGCCAUGACUUGCAUACACCCCCAGCAUGGCUCUCAGCCCUAUGAGAACAGCCUUGGCAGCACAGAGCUUCAGAGCACAGACUUUAUCUCCAAGCUGGCUGCCGAUAUGAGCAGCCCACGGGACCACCUCUCUGCUCCAUCCCUGCCAAGCAUCAGCUCCCUGGUGGACACGCACGUGGGCGACUUUGACGCAUAUUCGUGUCAGUUCACUGCUGCCCCUGCCCACGUCACUCCAUUGUCAGGCCCAGAGACUCCCUUCAAACUGGAUGACCUCCAGGUGUACGGCUGCUACCCUGGAGCGUUCACGCUGAGCUACCCAGAUGAGGCUGUUUCCCCUGUUGGAUCAGAUUAUUUUGGCAGCCCAGCAUCAACCUCGUCUCCUUCAACCCCCCGGUUCCAAACACAACAUGCAUCCAACUGGGAUUCAGCCUUUGGGCCAUACUCACCCAAUCCAGGAUACUGGGUAGCAGAGGACAUGUCAGUGCCACAGGAGCCGUCUUUCUUCACUUUUGGUUCUGUGGAGGAUAUGUCUCAUUUGGGUCAACCACACUUACGAGAGCAGGAUCCUUUCACUUUGACCCACCCACACCCGUCUGCGCUGACCUUGAUGGAGCAAGCGCGUAUACUCGACGGCACCGAGCAGCUGGAUGGGAGCUUAUCACCCAAAUUAAAAAGUCCCAGUGGGAAUGAGGGGUGCUGUGCUGUAUGUGGGGACAACGCCUCCUGUCAGCACUACGGGGUUCGCACCUGUGAGGGAUGUAAAGGGUUUUUCAAGCGCACGGUGCAAAAAAAUUCCAAGUAUGUCUGCCUCGCCAACAAAGACUGUCCUGUGGACAAGAGGAGGCGGAAUCGAUGCCAGUUCUGCCGUUUCCAGAAGUGUCUGGCUGUGGGCAUGGUGAGGGAAGUUGUGAGAACAGACAGCCUGAAAGGACGAAGAGGUCGCCUGCCUUCGAAGCCUAAAGUGACCCAGGACGUGACAACCAGUGUGUCUCCAGUGAGCAUGAUCGCUUCACUUGUGAGGGCCCACAUCGACUCAAACCCUGGUGUUGGGAAACUGGAUUACUCCAAGUAUGAUGAGACAGAAAUCAAUCUGAAUCAGAAAGAGGACGCCAGUGACAUCAAACAGUUCUAUGACCUGCUCACAUCAUCCAUGGAAGUCAUCCAGAAGUGGGCGAAGAGCAUCCCAGGUUUCUCUGAGUUCUGCUCAGAAGACCAGGAGCUGCUGCUGGAAUCUGCGUUUGUUGAACUUUUCAUCUUGCGUCUCGCAUAUCGUUCCAAUCCCGAUAUGGACAAGCUCAUCUUCUGCAACGGGGCCGUGCUCCACAAAACACAGUGCGUUCGAGGCUUUGGUGACUGGAUUGACUCCAUCUUGGAGUUUUCUCACAGCCUCCAUCGCAUGAAGCUGGACGUGUCUUCCUUCUCUUGUCUCACAGCCCUGGUCAUAAUCACUGACCGACAUGGCCUCAAGGAGUCAAAACGCGUGGAGGACUUGCAGAACCAGCUCAUCACUUGCCUUAAAGAUCACAUCUCUGGUUGUGGCUCCAGCUCGUUGCAGCCCAAUUAUCUGUCCAGACUUCUCGGGAAGCUGCCUGAGCUCAGGACUCUGUGCACUCAAGGCCUACAGCGUAUCUUCUACCUAAAAUUAGAAGAUCUUGUUCCACCGCCACCAAUUGUGGAGAAAAUCUUCAUGGAUACGCUUCCGUUUUGAGUGUGAGAUGGGAGAUCUGUGAUGUAUAAAAUGUGGAGUUGAUGUGAGAGCCAAAGAAAACAGACUGACUCAUACUUCGGGUAGUGUCAAGUGAAGAAGCAACAAAGAAGAAUGUGAAGGGAUCAUGCAGCUCCAGAGGAAAAGGGCUACGUCUGAAUUAUAAAGUGAAGUGAAUACUCUUCUUAGUUUGUUUUUCCAGGAAAUUGUGUACUCUGCAGAUGGGCCAGCUCAUGGACCAAAAGCUGACUGUUUACAUUCAACAAGGUGCCAUGAAAGGAAACAUUUCUAACGGAGGGAGGUUGAUUGCACAAACAAUAUCUGCGCCAUCAUUUCAAGGAUGUAAUGAGCACAAUAAUUUUGCUUUUUUGUAACAAUGUUUUGACUGUAAAUUGCACAAAAAUAUAAGACGAAGCAUUAUUGUGAUACCUUCAGCUCAAGUGUUAAAACUGGUCAUUAUAUUUCUGUUAGAUAAAAUCUUUCAGGUGCUCUGCGAUGUUCUCAGACAAGCAAAUUAUUUCACAGAACCACUCAAAUACACUUUACAGACCCCGAACUU